UUCACCUAAGCGGAGUUGGAUUUCGUGUCUAUGGUAUAAUGGUCAAAUCCAACUGGAGUUUGGGAGUAGACACAGUUGUUUUACGGAUAGAUUGCUGACUUACCUUUCCUGCCGCUUACGUCUGAGGUAUCCGCAUCAUGGAAACUGAAUGUUCGAAAAGAGUCUAUCAGGGUGUACGGGUCAAGCACACAGUGAAAGAUCUGCUUGCAGAAAAGAGGUCACAGCAAACGAAUGGACCGCGCUACACUGGUGUAUCUACUCCUCAGAGUCCAUUUGUUCAAAUGACAGGUUCUCACAUGCUUCCGAGUUACUAUGGCAUGAGAAGACCUUUCAUUUCGGACACUGAGUUUUGCCCCUCAACAAAACCAUUUCCUGCCGACGUGUACACCUCAGCGCUGACAGGGAAGUCUCUCUCAUGCGACACUGGAUGCAUGUCUGGCUAUUCCUCUCUCAUAGACAGCUACUACCCAGAGUCUUUUGGAGACUACCGUAGCACACCUUUCUCCAGCGGAGGAAGCACGAUAUUCUCACCCUCUGCGUUGACGUCUUUGCUUCCUCCCUACUCCAGUGACCCUUCACAUUAUUUGCUGAGGGAUUCUUGGGAGCCCACAGGGACAGAGAUGGUGGAGGGUUUGUGUGGAGAUGGUUUGGCUCCCAUGCCCCUUUCUGCGGCCAGUUCUCUGGUCAACUCUGAGAAUACCAGCCCGACCCAGUUCCGCUCAUCGUCCCGAGGUUCUAGUAUGACGUCUUCACAGUCAUACUCUCUCCAUUCACUGGAUGAAGUAAAUUAUCAGUCCCCAUUCCAGUCCACCUCCAGCAGCUUUGCAUCCCCUUCAUUCAUGACUGAGUCUGCAAGCAAAAUGACAGUUCCGCUCUCAGAGGACACUGAGACUGCCCCUCCAGCCUUGAGUGAGAGCCUGGCAUGGGGUAAGGAGGACACUGCUAGCACUUGGUCACAGUAUGAGGUCAGGAGGGCAUUCUGAGAUUGAACUAUGAGGAAAUAAAGGCUUACUGGCCUAGCAGAUCAACACCUCUUCAGUUCACAAUUAAGACAAUAAGAACUAAAUCUUUUUGUCAGUUUUACUUAGCAGAGCUAAGGCUUAAUAUAGGGGGAACAAAUAUCACUACAUUGUUGAUGUUUUAUGUGUAACAUUUAUGUCUUUUUUUAUCACAAGUUAUGUUGUCUCAACAGGAACAGGGGGAUAAUCAGUAUAAGGAGACUGUAUAUUGGAUUGUUUUUAAAUUUGUAUAACACAUAAGUGACUGUGAGUCUAUUUAAAUGUAUAUUAUUUGCAAAAAUGAAGUGUUACAAUAUUUAUAGCUGAUGUGUAAUAUCAGUGCUAGUCCUCUUUUUCUUCUUAUUUUAGUUUUGUGAAAGUUGUCCAAAAGGUCAAUAAAACUAUCAUUUCAAAAAUGUAUUUUUGUAACUUUACAAUUCACAGGCCAGAAGCAUUUGUUUUAUUUGUGCAUGUGAAAAAUCCCAUAUUUGACUACUACUUUAGAAAUGUACAAGUUAUCACUUAGUGGUGUAAAUGAAUGCCAAGGACAAACACAACUGCAGUUCUCUCAGAGAAAAAAGGUUCAUUUGGGUUCUAUAUAGAACUGUUUCACUUGGCUAAAAGGUUCUAUACCUGCAGGGUUGUGAGGGUUACUUUUGAAAUGUAUUCCACUACAGAUUACAGAAUACAUGCUGUAAAAUGUAAUUUGUAAUGUAUUUCAUUAGAUUACUCAAGGUCAGUAACGUAUUCUAAAUACUUUGGAUUACUUCUUCAGUACUGGUACAUUUUUUUUUCACUUGUUUUGACUAUAAAAACUCUGCCAGUACAGUAAGACAAAAUAUACGUUAAAAAUACAUUCUCUGAAAAAUCUAAAUAUCUUAUGCAGUAUUGCUUCUAAAACAAGAUCAAUCUAACUGAUCUUGUUUUAAUGAUUUUUAGAUAUUUUUACAGGAAAUCAAGAAAAAAAAUAUUACCAAAAAUAUGAUUUUUGCCCUAAUAUCAAAGGUCUUACUAAAAAAAAAAAUAAUAAUAAAUUAUGAUCCAACAUGAAUUUUCUUGAUAAAAAAUAUGAUCGUGCCUGGUAACGUGCAUGUAAAAUGUCUAGAAAUAGCAUUUUAGCUUAGCGUAAAGCUGACAAUUUACUCAAGGUUUAUUUCUAUUUCUUCUGCUCCAAACUUACUUCAAACGUACUUCUCUGUCUGCUCGUAUGAAUGUAACGCAUCAUAAGAAAGUGUUUCACCGCUGUUCAAAUGCACUUUGGAUUGCAUCAUUUAUAUGUAUAAAUGUUUUCCA